AUGUGCCGCGACCUGCACAAGUUUGGGAAAGAUCUUUCUAGAGAUGCCCUUGCGGGCACACAAUACAGUUGGCCUCGAGGAGCCUCGGAGAAGCACCUUCCUUGGAGGGCUGGCCUCUUUCCCCCAGUUUCUGUGGCUGUUGACCACGUCGCCCCCGUUUCUUCCUCCCACGGACAUAGUCAUGGCCUCAGCACCUUGCCAUACGCAAUUUACAGGAGAUUAAAGAAUGAGAAAAUGGAGUCUCUGACGCCUUACCACACGGCCCACAGCGCCUCCAGGGUGGGCAUGUUCAACACGGCCAUGGGGAAACUCCAGCGACAACUGCGCAAGGGAGAAUACGACCUGUUCAAAUACUCCCCCAUGCUAGAAAGCGACUUCGUGCAGGUGACGAGACGAGGAGAGGUCGUCGACGUGCACAACCGAGUCCGGAUGAUGACCGUGGGCAUCGCAUCCACCAGCCCCAUCCUCCCGCUCCCAGAUGUCCUGCUGCUGGCCCGCCCGGCCACCGGCUGUGAACAGUACUCCGACCAGGGCCAGGCCACCAAGGGAAAAGGCCGCAAGGCUUCCACCACCCUGGAGCUCACCAGGCUGCUUCCCUUGAGGUUUGUGAGAAUUUCUGUGCACGACCGGGACAAACAACAGCUGCGUCUGAAGUUUGCCACCGGCCGCUCCUGUUACCUGCAGCUGAGCCCGCCACUGGACGCAAAGGAAGACCUCUUCCCCUACUGGGAGAAGCUUAUCCACAUACUGCGGCCGCCGCCGGUGCACACCCACAGCAGAAGCGACGCCACUCGAGCAGAGGACAUGCUGGACGGGCCUCUGCUGCAGGACGACGACGGGAGGAACGCAGCAGAGGCAGAUUUCCAAGGAAUGGAGGAUCAGGACCAGGUCAGCGUCAGGAGCCUCCACGAGGGCUCGGAGGUGGCCGGGGCCACCUCUGCAGCUUUUGCUGGCGGGGAAGAGACCUUUCAGGACCCCGCAAAACCCAACAGCGUGCCCACUCUCGCUGCCCCCAACUGCCCGGGGCUCUCCAGGGAGUCGGCAGCAGGGGCCACGACCGAGGCGGCGGCCGCCGGGGAGGCCGCGGCAGCCGCGGCAGUGGCGGCGCCAGGGACAGCAGCAGAGUUCGCAGCGGGGGAGGCCGGCAUCUGCCUGGCGUUCGCCGGGCCCGGAGCUGCCGGCAAGCCUGCGGGGGAAGCCGCUCCGGACGCGUCGCAAGGCCAGCUCCUGUCGGACGCGUCGCAAGGCCAGCUCCUGUCGGACGCGCCGAGCUCGGCGGGCAGUGGGGAGCCGGCGGGAAGGCCGCCCCGCAAGCGCCGGGAGGAGGAGCGAGCCCCCCGCAGUUCCCGCCACCGCAGGGCCGCCGACAGCCGCCACAAGGCCCGGGGGAACAAGAUCAGCCCGGCGGACUCCAGCCGCUCCUUAGGCAGCCACAGAGCCGCGCGGGAGGACAAGGACGACGAGGGCCGCCGCAGCCCGGCGCGCGGCAGGCGCGCCCCCGACGAAGGCAUCAGCCACGCCCCCAGCGCCGAGGAGUCCGGGACCGCCCACAAGUCGGGGCGGAGCCUCUCCGCCGGCAGCUCGGGCUCAGGCACCAAGAUGCUCCGCAGGAUCCGCGGGUUCCUGAGGAACCUGAGAGUCCGCCUCACCGCCUGAAGCGCGCGGCCUCCCCCCACGCCGCAGAGACGUGAGAAGACUGCGGACAGGAGCGGUGUGGAGGAGGCCAUCGCCCAGGCGGCGGCGAGCAGCCAGGGCUUGGAGAGCGCGGGGAGCGGGACGUCUGAGGUCAUGGAGGAAUGGAACUUCCUGGGCCCAGAUAUUGGGCUCCUGGGGGACCUCUCCCAGGAGACUACAUUUAAAAAAAAAAUAAAUUAA